CUUAAAGGUGCAGGACAUCUGUGUCAUUUCUGAGCAGGUGCGCGCGUAAAAUAUGAAACUUAAAUAUGGACACUUCUUUACAUGUUGAACUAAUUAUAUCUGAUAAAACUGAUAUAUCAUGGAGAAAUAAAUUAAACAAAAAAACCUUAUUUGACUAUCUGAUUUGGAGCGACAAGCACACGCACGCGCACAGAGAGAGAGAAAGCGCGAGAGAAAGAGGUGUGUAGUGAUGAUCCGGGUGUCUCCAUGUUUUGGUCCGGGUUUAAUAGUAGCCGGUCGGGUUCUGAUGGUUCUGGUUCGGGUUGUGUGGAGAAGACACUGAAGAAAUAUUGAAUUUGAUAUCGUGAUGGGAUCUGAGUCACUGCACGACUGCCUACGUGGUCGAUGUCUGGGGUUUCUCAGACGGCUGGAAAUCGACGCUCGCUUCCGUUAUUACUUCCAGCACCCAUGGUCUCGUCUGGUCGUGGCCUACCUGGUCACUUUCUUCAACUUCCUAGUCUUUGCAGAGGACCCGGUGUCACACAGCCAGACAGAGGCGCACAUGAUCGUGGUGGGAAACUGCUUUUCCUUUGUGGUGAACAAAUAUCCUGGAGGAGGAUGGAAUGUCCUCAAAGUCCUCAUGUGGAUUCUUGCCAUCAUUACGGGCCUCGUGGCAGGAAAAUUCCUGUUUCAUCGACGCUUGUUUGGUCGUCUCCUGCGUCUAAAGAUGUUUCGUGAAGAUCACGGCUCGUGGAUGACGAUGUUCUUCAGCACGAUUCUCUCGCUGUUCGUCUUCUCUCACAUCUACAAUAUCUUUCUGCUCAUGAACGGACGGAUGGGUGCCCACAUGGUGACAGAAUACAUGGGGAUCAGGAAUGAGAGUUUUAUGAAGAUUGCUGCUGUGGGAACUUGGAUGGGUGAUUUUGUGACGGCGUGGAUGGUUACAGAUAUGAUGCUACAGGACACACAUUACCCUGACUGGGGCAGGACAGCGAGGCACUACUGGAGGAAAGGCAAUAACAGGAUCGUAUUAUUCUGGACGGUUUUGAUCUCGCUGACAUCUGUGGUGGUUUUAGUCAUCAGUACCGACUGGAUCAGAUGGGAUAAUCUGAACCGAGGGUUCCUGCCCAGCGAUGAGGUCUCCAGAGCGUUUUUGGCUUCAUUUAUUCUGGUCUUUGACCUUCUCAUCAUCAUGCAGGCAGCGAAUCAUAUCGUGUGUCUCAUUGUGUCAUGAAUAUGCUAAUAUCUGCUGAACAACUCCUCACGUCUCUAAUAACCUCAGCAAACAAACACACACACACACACAAAUGUUUAUCUUAGUUUUGUUAAACUCAUCUUUAUAUGAAUCUAAUCUCAGCAGUGAGAUGUUUAAGAUGAUGAUUUUUUUUACAUGUUAGAAGUUCAGAUAGUUGAUGUUGUGUUUAUUUAAUUCAGAUUAAUUUGUCUGCGAGCUGUCAAGUCUCAACUAUCAAGUUCAUUUCAACUUAUGUAAGAAAAGCAUUGUUUAUUUAUUUAUUUGACUUUUCCACGGAGGCGUCUCAUUGUUUUAAUAUUUCCUGAGUGUUUGUUUCUGAUUGCAGCGUCUCAAUGGUUUACCUGUGAACACAUUUGUUUAUUUGAUUGUGAUGCGUCGGCUGGCGUCUCGUGUGCGUAUCUGUGCUUAUUUUUCUUCAUCAGGGUUUUUCUCCUCAUCAAAGACUGAAAUGUGCCACAUCACCUCCGGCUGCGGUCUGAUAUUUUAUUCAGAUCCUAAUUAACUCAAAGGCGCAGAACGGCCAUAAAGCUUUGAGAUUUACAAGCUCGUUCGUUUCAAUCCCUACAUUGGUUUCAUUCCAUGUAAUUUAAGCUUCAUUUUGUACAGCGGCGUUAUGACUGUAAAUGAGUUGCUGUUAUUCUGUAGCUCCUCAUCUAAAUCCAACCCAAAUCAAAGGCUGGCAGUUUUGUAAACACGCGGUUUAAUUGCCGGGAAUCGUCAUUAUUCUGCAUUAAUUUUUGCAUUCAGAUCUGUGCUUCUCCUCCAGCGGAGAGCGGCGAAGUCUCUGAUCAUCAUUGUUAUGAAAGUUUUAUUGAUUUUGGCUCCGGCUGUUCCCAGAACAGUCUCGAGAGGCGGGGAAACAGGGGAUCGGCUGUAUCAAACACGGUUUGGGUUGAUGCUCGGUGACAUUAGCAUCUCUCCGUGCAGUCUGAGCUUCAGAAGAACAGACAUCAACAAUAUCAAAGAUACUUUCAGUUUGUUAUGUGUUGUUGUGCAGUGUUUUUUGUCUAUCUUAAAUGUAAUAAAAUACAUUGAGUAUUGAGUCACCUUUGAAUAAAAGCAUCUGAUAAAUGCAAUCAUUAGUUGUAAGCUGUUUGUUUACAGACUUGCAUCUAAAGAUGUCCAACCACUUGAAUCAGAUUUCUUAGAAAUGGAAAGGAAAUGAAUGCGUUUGUAUAUUUUUUGCUUAAAGUGCCCAAAUUAUGCCCAUUUUUACAACAUGAAAUAGUCUCAGGUGUGCAUAGAAUGUGUCUAUAACGUUUCAGCUCUAAAUACACUGUCAAAAAUAAAGGUACAAAUCUGUCACUGGGGCAGAACCCUUAAAAAGGUCCUAAUAUUUACCAUUUAGGUGCAAAUAUGUGUCUUUGAACUACCGAUAUGCAAUCUUUGGGUUUUUGAAAGGGUGCUGUCCCAGUGAUCACUUUCGUACCUUGAAUUCUGAAAGUGUAACCCACAGAUCAUUUAUUAUAGCAUGUCCAAAAUUACCCUAUUUGGGUGAAAGCACAAACGCACUGCUUUCGUGUGCGUAUCUUUAACUCUUUCCCCGCCAUUGAACAGUUAACUCAUCAAUUAAGAGAAAACAUUUUCUUGCCAUUGACGCUUUCCUGAUGAGUUUUUACAGUAAUCUAUAACUUCACUACUAUCCACUAGAUGGCACUAUUACCCAAUUUAUUAAAAAAAACGAAGCAAAAUCUAAUUAUUAAACAAUUUAAACUUCAUGUUGUGAAUUUGAUCUCUAACAAAAGUCCUUUACAAAAAUGCAAUUAUUUCAGCUUUUUGCUAAAUAUUUUGUAAUUUUGAAGAAACCAACCCAUAUUUAAAAAGGUUAUAAAGGGGUUAUAAAAAGAGAACAAAUGAAGAUAGGAUGAAACUUUUUCCCUGUUUUUGUUUGUUAUUUUAUUGUUUGUUUAAAAGCAGAGGAUCAGUUCUUUCAUUUGAUAUAUUUCUAUGUUUAUAUAUUUAUAGAAGAACAUUUUCCUGGAAGGCAAUUUGUAAAACUUUUGUGAAAAUUACAAAAAUGUUGGCGCGUAACUUUCCAAAAAAAAAAAUGGCUGGUGGGGAAUCAGUUAAAAGCAAGUGAGCUACAACUCCUCACUUCCUUACCAGCCAAUGAGCACUCUCGGUUAAAAAUAGAUCUGAUUUCUGUAAAUUCAAUCUGGGACAAUAGUAUCUUUAGCUGAAUUGGUGCUGAAAUGUGCUAACAAACACAUUCAGAAAAGCAUUUGUGUAAAAUUAACCAGUCAGUCAGUGGUCAUGGGUGGAGCUUUAUCAGUGUGACAUCACAUUAACAAGAGGAUCAAAAUGGUAUGUCUAAUGAGACUGCUUUAGUUUAAAUCCCCCCCCCCCCCAUUGACGAGUUAUCAAUUAAUAAAAACGUGUUCCUGGUGAAUUCUUAUGGUAAUCUGUAAUAUCGUGAUUAUCCACUAGAUGGCACUUACCCAAUUUAUGAAAAAACUGAAGCCAAAACGUUAUUUACUAAUUUUAAACUCUGUGUAUGUUUUGCUAAUCGUUCUGAAUCUGAUCUCUAACAAAAUUCCUUCACAAAAAUGCAAUUAUCUUAACUUUUUGCUAAAAAUGUUGUAUUUUUAAAGAAACCUACACACAUGAGAGGUUAUAUAAAGAGAACAAAUGAAGAUAGGAUGAAAACUUUUUCACCUGUUUUGUUUGUUUGUUUAAAAGCCGAGGGUCUCUUUCAUUUGAUAUAUUUGUAUGUUUAUAUAUUUGUAGAAGAACAUUUUCCUGGAAUGCAUUUUGUGAAAAUCACAAAAAAUACUGGCGGGCAACUUUUAAAAAAAAGACUGGUGGGGAAUGAGUUAAAAGCAAAUGAGCUACAGCUCCUCACUUCCUUACCAGCCAAUGAGCACUCUCGGUUAAAAAUCGAUCUGAUUCCUGUAAACACAGUCUGGGACAAUAGUAUCUUUAGCUGAAUUAGUACUAAAAGGUGCUAACAAACACAUUCAGAAAAGCAUUUGGGUAAAAUUAAACAGUCAGUCAGUAGCCGUGGGCGGAGCUUUAUCAGUGUGACAUCACAUUAACAAGGGAAUCAAAACAGCAUGUCUAAUGAGACUGCUUUAGUUUAAUGAGGAUUAAAAGAAGUAAAGGGUGGAUUUUUUUAUUGUAUGGUUGUUGUGUUCACACGCUGCCAACACACAUUUAUGUUCAAACACCUUGUAAAAGUGGAUUUUGCAUAAUAUGAGCCCUUUGAUACUUUCUGUUUGAGGUCAAAGACGUUUGUGAAAUAUCUGCAGAUCUCUUCAUGUAAAUGUUUACUGAACUCUCUGAUGUGUGAUUUUGCUUUGAUGUUGUUCUGCUGGAGUUGUCAAGCUUUGCCUUUGGUGCUACCUCACAGUAUAUGUUUUCCCUUCGAGUGCACUUACAGUACAUGAGAUUUACAGCGUGAGAGAUUUGUUGAACG